CUGAGCAACGUCCUAACAGCCGUCUAACCAUCUCCCUCCCUGAGAACUCCUAUUCAAUCCGCCACGUUAUCUUCGUCGCCGUCGCGCAUCUGUAUAGGGUAAAUGGCUUCUUUAUCCACAUAUUUAGCAGCUGCAGGAAUGAGAGAUCCACAAUACCGUCAAUACAAGAUUUUUUCCAUAAAAUCUUCAAAUUUCUUAAAUAAACAUCCACAUUUGCGUCAGGGAAGCUUUCAAAUUACUUCAUUUGGUCUUCGAAACGCAGUUAAAGAUGAGAGAUUCUUGGUUUUUGACGGAGCAAAUCUGAAGUUUCCAGUAGGAACAGUUGCUGAUAAGAUUGGUGAGACUCAUAAAUGUUUACUGUCAAACCUGGGGAAACGAGCCAUGGAUGCCGUUCAUUCUUACGGUGGAAUCUUGAAGAUAAAAACAGCAACAAUAUCAACAAUGGUUACUGGAUUCGCUAGUUUCGUCCUCGGCCUGGCAGUUGCACUAGUCCUAACCCCUGAUUCAUUUGCAGUAGAAGAACCUGACUUUAGUUAUAGAGGACACAAGGGUCCGGACAAGUGGGCAACUUUAGAUCCAUCAUUCGCUAUGUGCGCAAAUGGAAAGGCUCAAUCGCCUAUAAAUAUUGUAAAGAAAACUGCAGUUUAUAACCCCAAUCUUGAUCCUUUAACCAGAAGUUACAACGAUGUAAAUGCAACUCUAAUCGACAAUAUCGUCAAUAUACAGUUACUAUUUGGGAAAGGCGCGGGAGCCAUAAAUAUAGAUGGGAAGCAGUACAAUUUGUUACAAACGCAUUGGCAUUCUCCCUCUGAACAUACUAUCGAUGGAGUUCGUUACGACGUGGAACUUCAUAUGGUUCACCAGUCCACUGAUGGUAGUUUUGCGGUCAUUGCUGUCUUGUAUCGUGUCGGAAGCCCAGACCCUUUACUCGCCCAGUUGAAGGGCCAUUUAAAUAAACUGCGUUCGGAGGCAGAAAUUGGUCAUUCAGGUUCCAGAUUCCCUGUCAAGCUCAUACGAACUGCUGAUUUGGAAAGUACAGACACAUACUUCAGAUACAUGGGCUCUCUUACGACUCCGCCGUGUACUGAGAAUGUCACAUGGACUAUCCUCGAAGAGGUGAGGGAGAUGUCUAAAAAACAGGUAGCUUCUCUAAGAGCUGUGAUGAGUAAAGAAAACAAACGAAAUGCAAGACCAACACAGCCAUUGAACGGGAGAACAGUGGAGUCGUAUGUUGACAUAAUGAAGUUUUCAUGAUAUACCACGUUUCUAUAAUGUUAAAAGGAAAGAUAUUAGUACAUAUGUCUUGCAUCUCUGUUACACCGGUUCUGGAAAAAUAACUCCUAGUGCUGCCCAAUCUUUUCACCCUAAUUUGUAGCUAAUAUAAAAUUAGUCGAUUGCACAAAUUUUUGGAAAAGAAUCAAAGAAUAUCCGGAUUUAUCUU